GCGUGUAGAGGGCGUGGAGGGAAGGAGUGGUAGGGGCAGAGAAAAAAAGAUGCGGAAGAGAGUUAGGAAUGGGCGGUUAAGGCAAGACACGAGCGCGUGGCGGUGAGCUGCUCUUAAGGAGGAAAUCAGGGAAGAAGGCAAGCAAAGAAAAGGGAAAGAGCAAAUAGGUUCGGGAACGUGUAUCGGAGCGGCAUAGGCGGGCGCUAGGACCGGGUGUCGGGAAGGUGCGGCAUUGGAGCUAUCAGGGCGCGCGCCUGCCUAGAGGUGACGCGGCGGUGGCUGAGGUCUCCGGCCGGAACGAAGCGCUGCAGGAGCCAGGCAUUCGGCUACCUUCCGUCUCGGCUCGCCUCCCGCUCCGCGCUUUGCUUCUCUCCCUCCGCAUUGCCAGACCCUAGGUCGGGCUCUGGUCCAGGGGCGUUCGGGCUCUUUAGGAGGCCCGUCUGCUUGCUUCCCGCCAGCCGCGGACUCCUACGCACCCCUGCACGCCAGAGCCGGGUGGUCGAGGCCGGAAUAGGGCCCGGGCGCUGAUUGGCUGCUGACGGCCCAGGGUGGGAGCCGCUCCGCCUCCGCGGGCCUCACGGUCUUUCCCGCCAUGUCGUUUGUGGAGAGCGGGAGCGUCUUGGCUUUGCGGCGCCGCCGACUUGGCACUCGGGCCCCACUCCCUCGGCCGGUGUACUCCGCCUUCUCUCAGGGGGACGGUUGGGGCGAGGGCGAAGUCGACGAGGAGGAGAGAUGCGAACAAGUGGCCCGCGACUUGCGAGCCGAGUUCUCGGCUGGGGGGUCGUCGGAGCUCAGGAAGGGCUCGCUGCUACCGCCGCACGGGGACGGUUCACCGGUUCUGCCCGAUAAGCGCAAUGGCAUCUUCCCAGCGACUGCGGGUGGACGAGCCUCGGCUCGGCGGUGGCCGGUCCAGGUCCUCUCUGUGCUCUGUUCGCUGGUAUUCGCCGCCCUCCUCGCAUUCCUCCUUGCCAUCGCCUACCUGAUAGUAAAAGAGUUGCAUGCUGAGAAUCUGAAGAAUGAAGAUGGUGUAGACACUGGGCUAUUAGGAUUUUGGACUCUGCUUGUAAUAUCCCUAACUGCUGGAUUCUCCUGUUGCAGCUUUUCUUGGACAGUGACUUAUUUUGAUUCUUUUGAACCGGGAAUGUUUCCUCCUACUCCUCUUUCACCUGCCAGGUUCAAUGACCAGGAGUCUCCACUUGAGACUGCAUUUCACAUUACCGAUGCACAUCCUCCAUCUAGUGGUGAAAUAGUGGAACUGCAGGAGACUGACUGGACAUUCUUUCCACAUGGGCUAUAGCAUGGCGAUUUUGAAUGGCAUUGUAGCUGCUCUUACUGUAGCAUGGUGUCUCAUGUAAACCCACACUGGAGCAAUAUUGUUGGCAAAACUUAGUCAUGAUUGUUUUGUAAUAACAGAGAAUAUCAUCAUUGCCUGCUCAGAGGACUUAUAAACCUACUGUUCAUAAUGGGGUUCAUAUACGUGUCAUAAUCAUCACUGUUUAUGGAGGACCUUUUUCAAGCAUGGUUCUGGAACCUAGGCAUUGGAAAUAUCUGAAUAUUAAGUUUCAAGUACAUUCUUAAAAGUGUAAGAUGUUUACCUCAUCUUUUUACUUUUGUAUGUAUAAUUAUUACAACUUGAGGGGAAAAUGUAAUGGAAAUCAAACUUGAAAACUUGAAUACAGGACAAUGCCUACCUUUCAUGUAUAUAGUCCAUUUUUGCUAAGAAAUACUGACCUUGCUGUUUAACUGAGAUAGAAAUAUUUCUUAUUUAUACAUUAUAUUGUGAAAGCAAAUAAUGCCUACUAAUUUGACAUUUAUAGUAGCUAAUUUUAAUCUGAAUAUUUAGUUUUCGAUAUUCACGUAUUCACUAGAAGGUGCAUUUAUAUUUUUUAUGGGGCAUACUUAUGUUUGGGGGAUUUUUCUGUACAUAUUUUCCUACUACAAACUGAAUUUAUAUGUUUUUAAAAUUGCUUCAUGUAGACAAAUGCUAUUUUUUUAACUGGUGCAAACUUAAUACCCGCUUUUUUUUUUAACAAGUUUUUGUCUUAUAAAAAAAACAAAAAAGCACAUUGAUCUGAGUUUAAAAUCAAGCUUAUUUCUAAGAAGAAAUGACUGAAAAAGAUAAAUUAUUUAAGUCAUUAAAUUAUUGAGAAAGUUGAAGCUGUUCACUCUCUGUUUCCACAAUUCCAAAUAUUUAUCCUGGUGUACAUAUGGUUAUUUUAACAGAAUUUGUAUAAUUUUGUUUUUAAUAAACAUAAACCUGAAGUUUUUAUAUGUAGAAAUGCUUGAACUAGUUUUUUUGUUUAAUCUCAAAAAUUUAGUUACCAAAGUAGAAAAAGUAUUUUGGUACGCGCACACGCACACACACACACACACACACACACACACACACAGUUUUUACACAAAUAACACGCACCUUUUACAUUUGUUUGCCAACUGUGCUAACCCCCCACAAGGUAUUUUCAUAAGCGCCAUUAUACCAUUGUUUUUUACAUGUCGUUGUAAAAAACAUUAGCAUAGCAUACUUACAGAAAUACCUUGUGGGGGAAGUUGCCGUUGGCAAGCAAACAUAGAAAGUGCACGUUAUUUGCAUAAAAAUACUGUAUAUACAUACACACAUACAUGUAUGUAUAUAUAUGCAUGUGUGUGUAUAUGUAGUUUUAUAACUUUUUGACUUAAAUGUUCUGUUUUCUUAGUAAUUUAGUAAUUAAGCCUUAAUCCCACAUUUUUACUAAGUAACUUUAGUUAGGUGUUUAGAAAAUCACCUCAAUUUUACAAAGAUAGACUUUUUUACAUAGCUUUUCCCUGGCCAUAGAAAAACUUAUAUCAGGAAGGCAUUGUGUAGCCAAACUGCAUACUCAAACUAAAUGGGAGAAGGAUAUGUGCAGUGUGUUCCCCUCUUACCCACUGAGUGUUGGUACUGAGUACGUGAUUUAAUGAGCUUUCUAAAAAGCCUAACAUUUUUUUACUGUUCAAAAAUCUUUGGUUAGAAAUAACAAAUGCUGCUCCAAUUUAAGUUAAAUUAUCUAUUAGUUUAGACUAAUACACACAUAUAAAAUAUCAAUCUCACAACUUAAGUAUUCCUUAAUCCUUAAGAAUGGUUCUUACAGUGAAUCUGUUUUCACACACAGACACACCGACUCCAAAAGACUCUUCCAUUGCAAAAUAAUAAAAUCAAUUUUUCUUCUAUCAAUCCAAGCCCAUAUUUGGAUAGCUUCUUCCAGAGUCUUUGUGUCAAAUGACUAAGAAAUACAGUAGAACCUCUAUAUGUACACAUAAGAUUAUCCAAAAACCAAACCCAUUGCCAUCAAGUUGAUUCUGACUCAUUGCGAGCCUGUAGGACAGAGUAGAGCUGCCCCUUAGGGUUUCCAAGAAGUGGCUAGUGGAUUCAAACUGCUGACCUUUUUGAUUAGCAGCCAAGCUCUUAACCACUGUGGCACCAGGGUUCCAUAAGAUAUUUUUUGUUGUUGUUAGAUGCCAUCAAGUCGGUUCCAAUUCAUAGUGACCCUAUGUACAACAGAACCCUGCACCAUCCUCACAAUCAUUGUUAUGCUUGAGCUUAUUGUUGAAGCCACUGUGUCAAUCCAUCUUGUUGAGGGUCUUCCUCUUUUUUGCUGACCCUCUACCAUGCAUGAUGUCCUUCUCCAGGGACUGGUCCCUCCUGAUACCAUGCCCACAGUGUGUGAGAUAUAGUCUCGCCAUAAGAUAUUAUGGUAACCCUAUUUCUUCUGGACUAGCACUCCCCUCCUUUGGGAAAUUUCUCCCCUUUCCCCAGUCUAACAGGGUUUUAAACAUCAACAAUUGUAAUUCUAUAAUUAGAGUAACUAAGGAUAGGUACCUAACCGAAGCUGGGCCAAUCCUAAUUUCUCAUCUCAUACGUAUAUUUAUAUAUGAGUCACAAUGAUUGAAACAAAUAGAGGCAUGACUCAAGUCAGCCUAGUCUCAUAAUUUUUCAACUUGAAAUUAAGAGAAGAUACUAUUUGAAGCUGAGAAGAUACAAGCCCAGGAGGUACUGGUAGCCAUACUUCAAACAAGCUCAGUGGGAAAGAAUAACGCUGACAUGGACACUGCUAAUGACAUUCUUGUAAUUUUUCAGCCUAUGCCGUUCACAUUGGCUUUUGUCAUUUGCAACAACGGAGUGAAGGUGAGUUUGCCCAGCAGCUGGAAUCCAGCUCUAUUAUGAUUCUAACUCAGAUGAUCUCAUCUCUUUAUGUGUAUAGCCUACAAUUUAUCUGUGUUGUAAUAUUCCAUUCAGUUACUGGUGAAGGAUAUGGCAGGUUAAGUGUGCCUGUGGCUAAUAAUACGUCUCAGCAACCUCAAAAAGUUUUGGAGUAAACUAAAACCAGUUGUUAAUCUACAUGCUGUUUCAUCAUGAAUUUGUUAUUUAUGUUCCCAAAUUCAAUUCUACCAUAAGAGUUACCAGAAUAUUACUCUAGUUAUAUAAGAUAUAAUGACUCUUUAGUUAUAUAACUAAAUGAGUUUUAAAUUUAAUGAGUUUUGAAUACAGUACUAUUACUUAAUAAUUUAAUGUUUUUCAGUUUCCUGGUAGGUAAAAUGGUAAUAAUACUUAACAAAAUACUUAGAUUUGAACUACAAAGAAAACACUACAUGUCAAAAUAUGUAGGACCUACAUAAAGAGAAUUUAUAACUUUAAAAUACAUCAGAACAUGAGGAAGACUGAAAACAAAUGAGCUAAAAUGCAAAACAAAAAUUAGCAAAAGCAUUAGAGUAAACCCAUAACGUAAGAAAAAUGGAACUAGGAAAGAUAAGGGCACACACAAUGGAGAACACCGCCACCAAAAAUUAGAGACAAUAACCAGUAACAAAAGUUGGCACUUUGAAAAGAGACUGACGGUACAACAAGUUUUAAAACAGUUUUUUUUUUCUGUUUUCCCUUUUUUGCCCAUUUUAUUUCCCAUAUUUUCAGUUCUUGAUUGCAAGCAACAGAAACCAUCUAAUCUAUCUUUAAAAAAAGGAAGUUUUUUGGAAGAUAACAUCGUGGCUUUCAGAACAGGUGUGUAGGAUUCAAAAAAAUGCCAGAAGGUCUAGAAGGAGGAAGCACAGGGACUGUUUACCAGCCUGGUUAGAACAAUUUAAUGAAUUCUUGCCAUUAGUUCUUACCCUUGCAAGGUCUGCUCAAGGUUCAGAGUCCUUGGAAAGAGUGUCUAGUUGGCUGAGAUUAUGUCCUGUGCUGUCUUAGUCAUCUAGUGCUGCUAUAACAGAAAAUACCACAAGUGGAUGCCUUUAACAAAGAGAUUUAUUUCUUCACAGUAAAGUAGGCUAAAAGUCCAAAUUCAGGGCGUUGGCUCCAGGGGAAGGCUUUCUCUCUCUGUCGGUUCUGGAGAAGGUCUUUGUCCUCGGUCUUCAUCUGGUGGAGGAGCUUCUCAGGCACAGGGACCCCAGGUCCAAAGGACACACUCUGCUCCUGGUGCUGCUUUCUUGGGGGUAUGAGGUCCCCAACUCUGCUUGCUUCCCUUUUUUCUCUCUUGAGAAAUAAAAGGUGGUGUGGGCCACACCCCAGGGAAACUCCCUUUACCUUGGAUCAGGGAGGUGACCUGAGUCAGGGUGGUGUUACAAUCCCUCCCUAAUCCUCUCAACAUAAAAUUAGAAUCACAGAAUGGAGGACAACCAUACAACACUGGGAAUCAAGGCCUAACCAGGUUGAUACACACAUUUUGGUGGGGGAUAUAAUUCAAUCCAUGACAUGUGCCUACCCCUGUUGACUUCUGUAAUUGAAGGCAGCACCUGAAGUUCUCUCACCAAAGAUAUAUAUAAUGGGGAAUUGGAAUUCUUUUGCUUGGACGAGUGGUUAUUGAGCAACCAAAAAAGAAAUAUAUUCACUACAAUUCACUGUUUUGGUUAAUUUCCGCGCACAUACUCUUCAUACUUAAACUUCCAAAAGUGCUCAUGCCUAACAACAGUUAUCCCUCAUAUAAGAGAAAAUGCAAGUAACCGGUUUUCCAAUGGGAUACAGUCCUAAAAUGCCUGAGUCACUAUAUCCAAUGCCAAGGCCAGGACCUUCAGGUUACAUGCAUUCUUCUAAUUUUGCCACAUUCUCCUUUUGAUAUUCUGCAAAGUAGUCAUUUUACUACUUACUAAUGCAAAGGUCAGAAAUGAGAUGGGAAAUUUGUUAGAAUACGUGGAGUAUGUUAUACAUGAUGGAGCAAGAAAGUAGAGGUUAUUGCCUUAUUUAAGCACUGAGUCAUGGCCUUCUUGCUUUUUCAGUGCAUUCUUAAUUGGACAAGAAAUGGUUAUACUGUGUUGAGAAUUUUUUUGAAAAAGUAAUCAUGCAAAGAGAUGGGUAUAUGUAUGCUGGACAGGCAAAGAAGUUGUAUUCUAGUGAAUGUCAUUUUUUUAUUUCUCAGCUCCAAAACUUCUUUCUUUUGAAGGGCAAUUCCUUAUUAUGUGACUGUGGGAGGCAAGGCUCCACACUGUACUACAGAAAUCUAAAAGAUUAGACUUCUUUUCUUUUUGCUUGUCUCUGAUGGCUAGUGUAUGUAACCUUGAUGCCACCAAUUGGGUGUUCCUGCCUGAGUAAUUUGUGAAUGAAUGUGAGAAUAACUAAGAGACAGUUUAGAAUUCAUAGCUUUGUCGUUCAGUGGCAGUGACAGUGGUUUCUAGCAGUGUUCAUCAGUGGUUGGGCCAAUAAUACAAUCCUAGCCAUACUGUUUUGAAACAUAACCUUAGCUGUAAUUUCUGCUACUAAGCUUCCAGUGAUUUCUGUCACUUUAUGAGCCUAGUUCAUUGGUCUUUCCUUAAAUCUAUGAAUUACUUUAUAGCCUUCUAAUAAAAUUAUUUUCUUCUUAAGCUAGCCAAAAUUAGAUUCAGAUUUUUAUAACCCAAGAAGCUGUCAUGUAUCAACUUUCACCAUUACUUCACCAGAAAACUCCCUGAAAUAACUUUGUUCCACUAUGAUUUCUGUCACCUGGACUCGUUUCUUAUAUUACUAAUUAAGAAAAUUAUCAUAUACUAUCCAGCUUUGUUUUAUAAUGAUUUGUCUUCCUAAAGAGUCUUCUAGAUUCCUUUUUAUAUAUACAAUACCUAAGCUGAAGCAUAUACACAGCAGGUGCUGGGUAAUUGUUUAUGACAUUUAUUGGACACCUAAUCUGUGCAUAGAGUUAAAAAGUAAUAUAAAGAAAAACUAAUAAUUUUGGAAGAAAUAACUUCAGUUCUUGUGCAUCUUAUAAAUACAUAAACAGACAACAAGAAAACAUACCACAAACACAAACAAGUGUUCCCUAUACUGGUACAAUACAAAAAUUUUUUACAAAUACAGAAAAAGUACUAGGAAUAUAUACGUUUUGAUUUCCUUUAGGUCUGACCAUUAGGAAUGCCAUCUGACUGUCCAGAUAAAUGGUGUACAGAAGGGUCAGUCAGAAAAUGUACUUUAUUCAGCUCUUCGUAAGUCAAUACAUCAGAACAAGCCUCCACAGUAAAGUGUUUUUCAAUACUGAGUUACUGGGAUAAACACCUAAAUUAUAUAGGAAACUACAGGUCACUUCUCUGGAUAAAGGAGUAUCCAGAACUAUGAGAAGGUCUGUCAGGGAUCAGUGCUUAGAAUGAUAACAUUGUUAUUUAUAAUCUGGAAAAUGUGCAUAACACUAAACUCAUUCAGAUACUGGAAUCUGGAAAAAUUCUACAAGAAUAUCCCAGAAAGGGACCAUGGUUUCAGGGGACAUCUAAGUCAAUUGACAUAAUAAAAUCUAUUUUGAAGAGUGGCGUCUGAGGUCUUAAACGCUAGCAAGCAGCCAUCUAAGAUGCAUCAAUGGGUCUCAACCCACCUGGAUCAGAGGAGAAUGAAAAACACAAAGGACACAAGGUAAUUACGAGCCCAAGAGACAGAAAGGGCCACACGAUCCAGAGACUACAUCAUCCUGAGACCAGAAAAACUAGAUGGUGCCUGGCUACAACCGAUGACUGCCCUGACAGGGAACACAACAGAGAACCCCUGAGGGAGCAGGAGGACAGUGGGAUGCAGACCCCAAAUUCUCAUAAAAAGGCCAGACUUAAUGGUCUGACUGAGACUAGAAGGACACAGGUGGUCAUGGCCCCCAGACCUUCUGUUGGCCCAGGACAGGAACCAUUCCCAAAGCCAACUCUUCAGACAUGGAUUUAACUGGACAAUGGGUUGGAGAGGGAUGCUGGUGAGGAGUGAGCUUCUUGGAUCAGGUGGACACUGAAGACUAUGUUGGCAUCUCCUGCCUGGAGGGGAGAUGAGAGGGUGGAGGGGGUUAGAAGCUGGCAGAAUGGACACGAAAAGAGAGAGUGGAGGGAGGGAGCGGGCUGUCUCAUUAGGGGAAGAGUGUGGAGCAAAGUGUUUAUGGGUUUUUGUGUGAGAGACUGACUUGUAAACUUUCCCUUAAAGCACAAUAGAAAUUAUUUUUUAAAAAAAAUCCCAGAAAGUCCUACAAUUGGACAGAAAAAUGACAGAUGUCCGACAAGAUAAAUGGGAAAAAAUCUAAAAUGUGCAUGUAAGGGGCCACCUGGAAAAUGAAAUAAAUGGAAAUACACACUUUGAACUAAAGUUCUGGCCUCUACUACUCAAGAAAAAUAAAUGUUUCAAAUCCUUGCUAAAAAGAUAGAUCAAGGAAUAGAGUACAACAAGUCUUCAGUAUGAAAAGUUUAAGCUUAAGAGUAUGUACAUUGGUAAAAACAAACCAGACUACUUGAGAGUAUGGCCCCCUGACACCCUUUUAGUUCAGUAAUGAAGUCACUCCCAAGGUUCAUUUUUCAGUCAAAGAUUAGACAGGCCCAUAAAACAAAAUGAGACUAAAGGGGCACACCAGCCCAGGGGCAAGGGCUAGAAGGCAGGAGGGGGCAGGAAAGCUGGUAACAGGGAACCCAAGGUCGAAAAGGGAGAGUUGACAGACACGGGGUUGUUAACCAAUGUGAUAAAAAAAUACGUGUACUAACUUUAAUGAGAAAAAAGAGUAUGUAUGUUGGGGGGAAUGAAUAGGAUUAAAAAAGAAUUUCUGUAAAUUCCCAAUAAUUAAGAUAUUAAAGAACCCUUAGAACUUGUAAUCGAUGGCAAUGGGUUUUUUUUAGAGCUUGUAAAUGGCAGUUUUAGAAGGAAAAAAAAAAUCCGCACACGUUACAAACUUACGAACUCAGAUUUCUACCUAGAGGUAGUAAGAUGUAUUGUUGUUCCCACUCAUGGCAACCCCAUGUGACAGAGUAGAACUAUCUCAUAGGGUUUUCUAGGCUGUAAUCUUUACGGGAGCAGAUUUCCAGGUCUUCCUUCCACAGAACUGCUGGAUGGGUUCGAACCAGCAAUCCUUCUGUUAGCAGGCAAGUGCUUUGCUCCACCAGAGCUUGCAGGAAGAGGUUGUUGUUGUAGUUAGGUGCCCUCGAGUUAGUUCCGAGUCAUAGCGACUCUAUGACAGAGGAGAAACUGACCCAUAGGGUUUCCAAGGAGUGGCUGGUGAAUUUGAACUGCUGACAUUUACGGUUAGCAGCCGAGCUCUUAACCAGUACACCACAUGAGCUGAAAGUCUAGAUAGCUGUGAUAAAAGGUUUAUAAAACCAUAUAUGAUGAAUGCUGCAGUUUUUAAAAGUAGAAUGCUUCAGAGAUAUAAUUAAUGUUUUGGCAGAAAAAAAAAAAGUUCUGGAAAAUAACCAAGAGGUGUUUGUUUGUGUUGGGGGGGGGAGCAUUUUUAGUUAUGGAAGAGCACUGAACUGAUCUUAGCUGCCAACAUUUACCCUAACAGCCUUUUCUUUCCAACAAGAUUUAGUAACACUGUUCCCUUGUCACCUCCUCCAGUUCUGUACUCCCUGCUCCUUCUCUUCCCAGAAAUCAACUUUGUCUUAGACUUGCUUAUACGGAAUUCACUGCUGAGAUGCGCCCAUCCUGGACUACAUGAGCUCAUAUUUUCCUUUGCUGUAAAGAAGACGGCAAGACCAGUCACUCAGCAGCUUUGUGUCUGCCCCAGAAUGGACCUGAAGAUUCAGUUCAGUGUAACAUGCCAGGGAAGACAUGAAUUCCUAAGGGCAGUUCAGUACAAAAAACAAAAUCCUGACUUCCCCCAAAACUUUUUGUAGGUGUUGGCUUUGCAGCUGAAUUUGUACCCUGUUUCUUUCUUUCUUUUUUUUUUUUCUUUUUAACUACCAUCUUAAAAUCUGAUAGCACAAUUCAUAUGUCAAAAAGAUAGGACUUUAUAUAUCUAUUUUAGCUAGAUACUGAGAAAGUAAUUAGUACUCCUGGGUAAGUUAUAAGGUUAAUUCUUAGUGCUGUAUAAAUCUAAUGAAAAUCAGCUUAAGGUCAGUACACUGAAUCUAAAAGUAUAACGAGACUAUAAUCUUCCAUUUUGCAUUAAUGCUUACUCUGCUGGAUGUUAUAAGUUCCUACUGAUAUAAAAUAUAGAGUAUAUGACAUUUAUUCUACAUCAGCUCUUAUAUAAAAUUGUAUUUUCAGACUGAGCAAAUUUCCUUUCAUGUUAAUGUUCAGAGGAACAAUUAAAGUGAGUCAUACUUCUAUUUAAAUAUAGUACAGGCAUCCAAUAUGAAACAUUUUAUAUAAUUGAUAGAAUAAACUGUUUUAAAUCAAAAGACCUGCUAGAAUGAAUCUCUAAAAAGGUUGUUAAAAAACCCUGCUUGAUAAGCAAAUUGUCAUUCAUAGCCUAAUGACAGGUGUACCUCCACUGAUACAAAUAAUGAAUGAGAACCACAGAAGUAUAUUUUGCAAACUGAAAUCUUUAGUAAUUCCUAUUUUUCUGUUUCCCAGUAAGAACUGAACUUUGGUGGCACAGCAGUUAAGAGCUCCAGUUGCUAACCAAAAUGAUGGCCCUUCAAAUCCACCAGCCACUCCUUGGAAACCCUAUGAGGUGGUUCUAUGCUGUCCUAUAGGUUGCUAUGAGUCAGAAUCAACUUGAUGGCAGUGAUGUAUGUAUAUUUUUUUCUAAUAGACAUAUGCAUACAAAGAAAAUCAAGCAGUUAUUCAUAGGAAACAUCUAGUAAAAGGAAUUUUAAAUAAUUUUAGUAAAUUACCGCUACCCCAAGCAAGCAUACACUGCAACCCAAUAAUGAAAAUCUUAAGCAACUGGAAAUUUCUUAGUAUUUAAAAAAUAAAUCUUAAGGAUAUAGGUAACAUAAAGAAUACCUCCACUAAAAUGGAAUAUGAGCAGUGAAGUCAAAGGACAAAUUUUUAAAGUAUAUUAUAACAAGGCUAUUAUUAUAUUUAUAUAUUUUAUAUUAAGGAUAUUUUCUAAUACAGAAAGAAGAAAAAUGUAUAGUAAGUGGCUGAUGUUGACAGCAUGAAGAUGGAGGGAUGUAGGUAUGCUAAAACUGUAGGUAGCACGUUCUCCUUUCUGGAGACAUGUGUUUUAUGAACCUUACUUUCCAUUAGGCUAUAUGCAUUAAGUGCUUUGACCUGGUAAUCCCACUUUUAAGGCUUUAUCCUAAAUAACCAUGUAAUAUAAAACAGGAAAAUCUGUAUACACUACAGAUACUUUUCAUGAGAUAUAAUUUAUAAAAAUUGAUAGGAAAUAAUGGAAAUAACCUAAAAGGCCAAUAACCUGAUACAGAAACACAGCAGAAUAUUAUACAGCAUUUUAAAAAUGGUGGUUAUGAAGAGGAGUAACAUAGAUGUUGUUAUAAUAUUAAAUGAAAAAACUAGGAUAUAAAUUGUAUAAAGCUGAAUUUCAACUAUGGAAGAUAAGUGCACAGAAAGAAAAUAUUAAGGAAAUUCACUGAAAUAGUGCCAGAUUUUCUCUGAGCAGUUAAAUUAUAGGUGAUGUUAACUUCCUCCUUUACAGAUUCCUGCAUUUUCUGUAAAUAUAUAUAUAUUUUUUUUAGUUGGAAAAAAUAUUUUAAACAAUAGGAAUAGUAACUAGCUAUUCAUAGUUGUGAGGAUUAAAUAAGAUACUAGAUGUGAAAUUCUGUAGCACAUAAUAAGUGUUUCCUUAGAAAGAUAAUUAAGAGAAAAUGUGGAUUCCCUAGUUAGCAAUCAGGGUUGCUUUAAUUAUUGUCAGAAAACAGUAACAAAAAUAAAUCCCUACAUAUUGCAUAGAAUCUAAUCCUGUAGCUGUAGUUACAUCCUCAUUCAGGGUUAUUCACUGAACAAUAGCUUAUAAUUGGAAAGAGCAGGAAACAACCUAAAUGGUUACAACAGGGCAAUUGAUUCAAUAGCUUUUGUUCAUCCAUGCACUGGAAUAUUAGACAGCCAUUAAGAGGUGGAUCUGUAGCACAGUGAAAAAGAAGAUGUCUAUGAUACAAUUUUAAUUGAAAGCUAAGUGGCAAAACAGAAUGUAUUACAAAAUCUAAGUUGCAAGACAGAAUAUAUCGUACUUUUUUCAAGAACAAUAAAAAACAAAAAUACAUUGUGUGUAUGUAUGUGUAUAUAUAUAUAAAAUGUAUAUAUAUAUAUAAAGCUCUCAUAAAAUACUCUUUUAAGAGGCUGAACAAGUGACUGGUAACUGAAUCUCUGAUCUGAAAAUCAGAAAAACAUCUCUAGCUAAAGUGCCUGAUUGUUUUUAAGAUUUUAUCUUUUAAAACUGUAAGACACCAGUGAUUUAUUAAGAAUAAUAAAGUUGAUUCUUUAUCUUCUUAUCCCAGGGGCCCAGAAGUCUUCUCUGGCUGGGUGAUUGUGUAAGGACAGUUUAAUGUGCAGCUGCCCUGUGGUAGACCUGUGCUUAUCUCCAGGGCCACCUGGAGCCAUGGUACUGACCGCUGGCCAACAUGGGGAUGAAAUAUGCUAGCUAGUGAUCUGUCUUGUAAAGUGCUCUUUGAAGUCGAAAACUCCCCCUGGGGACAUUCUGUACCAGGUUGUCUGCAUUGUUUAUUGAGAAUGUGUAGAUUGAUGGGUUUAAUUAUUACACUUAGACACGUAGCCUGAGUUUUGCCAUAUGACCAGUGCAAUAUAAAUGAUCCAUCAGUAAACUUGAGCCUUAGCUUCCCUGAGAUGAAAAUAUCUCACACUUAUCUUGGUGGUUUGUAUUCUGAAGAUGAAGCACGUCCCGUGUGACUGAGAGAGGACCUGAAAUCUGUGCCUGGGUGUUCUGGGUAUUCCUAAUGUUUUCCUUUGCUUUCCAGCUCCUCCUGCUGUGUAUCCUUUGCCUGUUAUAAAUAUUUUGUGAGUAUACCUUGUUAGCCCCAUGAGACCUUUCAAUUUUCUGACCCAGUAUAAAUUGUUGCAGUUUUUUUUUAAUUACUUUUAGGUUUUUAAUAUCCAGUGAAGUUGCCUUUAUUUUGAAUCUUUUAUGUUUUAGUAGAAAAAGCAUUUGAUUGUGGAUUGUAAGACCUAUUGCUAGUCCUGAUUGUGCUACAUAGUUGCCAUGUGAUAUUCAGCAAGUCGUUGAACCUCAGAUUUCUGAGCUAAAAAAUAAUGCAUAUAACCCUAGAUGGUUUUUGAGGUCCCACAGUAUGUCAGCUUGGGUCCUCCGAGAAGCUGAUGCCAAGACAGAAUUAGAAGUGUAAGAAGUUUAUUGGGAGGAAACACCUGGGAAAAGGGUGGGGGCAGGAGGAGACAGGGAGAGUCAUCAGACUGAGAUGUAAUCUAUACAUGUGAAAGGAGAUGGGAAAGGAAGGAGGAUUUGGUAAUAAAAGCCUCAGACUUUAGCACAACUCUGAAAAG